AUGUUCUACGCGUACCUCGUAUUCACUUUAUGUGCAAGUUACAAGCGCUACAUCUUAUUCUUAGACGAAAAUACUAAAUUUUUUUUUUUGAUUCCCUUUUCGGAGGAAAUCCCUAUAUAUUUUUAUCUGCGACAAUACUGGACCGAUCCUCGAUUGGCUGGAAAGAUCAAUCUUUUUUUUUCCUUCUCUGGAGGCGUGAUAACGAGUUUCUGGCGGCCUUUUUUUUUUUGCUACAACGCCAGGUACUCCAACAUGAUGGUGGAAGAUUUUUUUUUCAACAGCCAAUUAUUAAUACAUCCAAACGAAAACUUCACUUUUUUUUUUUUUACCAUCAAACUGGCCCGGCGAAGCGGUUACUAUAUUUUUUUUUCCUAUUGCCCCGACAUGUUGAUCGUCGCUCUCAGUUGGUUUUUUUUUUGGAUGGAUGUUGGUGCCAUUGGCGAUCGCCUCUCCCUCGGCAUCACCACUAUCUUAACAGUGAUGUUCCUUCUAGGGUCCAUCAAUGCAUUCUUACCAAAGGUCAGCUAUGCAAAGGCCAUUGACUGGUAUCUUAUCGUAUCUUUUAUAUUCGUUUUCCUAACGUUGGUGGAGAGUAUGAUCGUUUUUUUUUUUUUGGAAAAGGAUGCCGGUGACAAGAAAAAUCACCAAGUUUUUGCCUAG